AUGUCUUCUACUAUCGAACAAAACUUGGAAGAGUGCUAUUGUACCGAGUGUAUUAAAAAUUAUAAUGGAUACAUCUUAGUGUCAAAGAGAACUGUCCAGCAUCAUGGCAAGAAAGCAGCUUUAAAAGAUGCUAUCAGAAGUGAACUUGCUUCUAUAUUAAAUACAGGUGCGCAGAGACAUAUAAUGAACGUUGGUGUGGAGUCUAUUGUAGUCCAAAAAUCUGGAUCUGUAGAAGUUCUUGCACGCCAGUCUGACUUAUCCGUUUUGGAUAUCUCCCCUAUGUCAGUUGACUAUGAGGUCGAUGUCAAUUUCAAUGACAUGAACUUUGAGUAUGAGAGCAAUGGGAAUGCCAAAGAUACUGUUGAUAUUGAUGUUGAAGAAGUCGACACUGAAUGUUCAUAUGAAAACAUGUUUUCAAAUAGUAGUAUGCCUGAGAAUCCUGUACACAGAUUCAUCACAACAUUCACUAUGCAAUUUGCAUCCCGCUAUGUGGUCAACAAAGGUGCAGUUGUCUUGAUUAAGUUCAUCAAUGAGCUCUUGAAGAUUUAUGAGCAGGACUUCCAGCUUCCCACGAGUCUGCCUGGUCUUCAGUGUAUGAUGGGAUUCUUGGACACAAUGUGCGAUGUAUACAAUGUUGCAGUUUGGAAAGAACUCAAAGAUAGUAAUGGUGCUUCGUUUGUUGAGCAGCCUCGUUUGCUGAUGCUGACGCUCAAUAUUGACUUGUUCUAG